AUGCCGCUUAGUCUUCGUAACAUUGUCAAUAUUGUUUUUCAAAGGAUCGAAAAAGUUAAACACCUCAUGUCACUUAACAAGCGCCCCCAUGAACCCGAUUCCCCUUUGUCCCAGGAUAUUAAGGUAGCUAAAGUUUGUGAGUCAGCAGAUGGUGGUACUCGUGGUUUUCGUAAAUGUGCAAUCAUUAUGAUGUAUUCUGGCACGGGUUACUUUGGUAUGCAAAAAAAUGAUGGCUUCCCAACAAUUGAAGGUGAACUGCUAUCAGCACUUUACAAAUCCGGAUAUAUUACCGAAGAACAUAUGAAAAACCCGUCGAUCAUACAUUUUCAACGAGCCUCGAAGACUGAUAAAAACGUUUCAUCUGCCGGACAGGUUUGCGCAGCAAAACUGCCGAUUGACCUUAUUGACAUGGCGAAAAUAAACGCGGCAUUGCCCGAACAAAUUCGGAUUCUAGAUAUAUUUCGUGUGACGAAGAAGUUUAGCCCUAAAAUUGCCUGUAAUCAUCGUGUCUAUCAAUACCUUCUUCCUACCUUCGCCUUCGCCCCUCGAGACAUCCUAACAAUUAGGGACUGUUGGAGCUACCGUUUGUCUGCAAGCACCCUUACUCUGGCCAAUAAAAUGUUUCAGCGCUACAAAGGCACCCACAAUUUCUUCAACUUUACCUCUCGCAGAACACCAGAAGACCGAAGUUGCAUCCGGUACGUGAUGUCAAUCGAAUGUGGGAACCCCUUCCUCCUCGCUGGUGAUAAGGAAUUCGCCGUGAUAACCGUACAGGGCCAGUCAUUUAUGCUGCAUCAAAUCCGGAAAAUGAUUGGCCUCGUUAUUGCCAUUGUCAAAGGCUACACGACGGAGGCCGUCUUUGAAGAUGUCUUCAAACCUGAACGACUCGAUAUCCCAAAAGCACCGGGACUGGGUCUGCUGCUUGAUCGAGUCGACUACACCCGAUACAACGCGCGAUUCUGUGGGGAUGGUAGUCACCAGCCAAUUGACUGGGAGAUGUAUCGGGAGAAAAUCGACGCCUUCAAGGACGCGUACAUUUUCCGCCACAUGGUGGAACGUGAAAUUGAGGAUAAUUCGAUGUUUGAAUGGAUGACGGAUCUUGACAAACAUACCUACGACAAGCGAGAAGAUGGAUCUCCAGACAGUAGCCCCAACCACACCCCCGUUGAUAGUUCACAGCCUCCUGAUGAAAAAGAGAACCGGGAAGUGGACUCAGAAGUAAACUCCGCCCCAGCUUGCGCUGCUACAACUACCACCACCGAAACCUAG